UCUCAACAAACGACCCUCAUUGACAGACCUUGGACGUUAUCCCUUCGCAACUUCGCUCUUUUGCCCCAGUUUCUGCACAUUCUCGUAGCCGCUCAGCACAGCAGGCUCUUGUACUGGUAGUGCGCGAUGGCAUCCCCGAUGGUUGAAGGUGGCCGGGUCGAGCCUCACAAGAAAGCACACUUCAGCCUGCACAUUAGCGAUCGGAUAGCGAAGCACGACGCUUCGGAGGGGAGCUACAGCAGCGUGAAGUACAACCACAAGCCCGCGCAGACCUCCGAAAAGCGCUCCACGAAGCUCACUUCCUCGUCCACCAAGACAUACAAUCUGAGACUCGAAGACACGAACAGCUCCGGCGAGAAAGACGUCUUCACUUUCACAGGACAGAAAUCGGCACCCAAGAAGUCGUACCCUCUAUCGAGUAGUUACACCUUCAACCUUGCCUCGAAGAACAGCAAAGACGUGUCGUCACAAUAUCCCAAGAUAUAUCCCAAGAAGCUGAAGGAGGGGGGUCUACAAAGCAAGGACGAGGAUGCGGAUCUGUUUGGCGAGGCGGCGGGAGAUGACGAGGCCGGCGACCCAGACGCUGACAACCCAUACGACUUCCGGCAUUUCUUGAGCAAGGAGAAGGAGAAACGUGGCGACGAGUCCGAGUACCACUUCGCCUCAUCGCCGGACUAUCGGACUGGCACAGGGAGUGCAGCGAAUACACCGCAGUUUGGCGCCCGUAGACCCGCAGCGGCUCCAGCACCCAAAGCCAAAGCUAAAGUUACAGAGCCCGUACCCAAGAAACGCAAGACCGCAACGCCGAACCCCAUGGUGUCAAGACCCAAGAAAGCACAACCACCACCUACAGUUCGCCUCGAUCGUCGCGCAACUGACAGUCUGCCCAAAUCAAAAGCCAAGGGUGAUGCGCCACCAGCUUCCAAGAUCAAGUCCAAAGAGCUCGUCGACUCAUCAGAUGACUCGGAAAUUGACGCCGACGGUGAAGCAUCGCCUCCUGCGCCCACACGUACGUCGCUCUCACCAAUACACGACCAGCAGUCCGACAACGAGGAUGAAGACGCGGAAGGCGAUUCAGACGACGAUGGUGGUCUGGAAAUCGAAGUCCCCGAUGCACGCCCUCCGCGUCGAGGUAACGGUGCUCUCGCAUCCCUCGGUCUAGGUCAAAACCUCGGAGUCGGCUAUCUGAAGUCGCCAUCGAACGGGCCCAUAUCCCUUGCCAGCGCCACAAGCAGUGCGGCAGGCUCACCGAAUCCGCACGCCUUUACGUCGCGCAAUAACCGCAACACGCAGGAUGAGAUCGACUUUGGGGACCUUGGAGGCGAGGACGCAGAAGGUGAAGACGAGGAUGAAGAAGACUAUAACAACAGGGAUAUCGAGCCUAUGGACAUUGGUCCGCCGGCAAGACAAGGGACGACAGGGCAUGAAGAAGAUGAAGAUGAUCUUGAGAAGUUGAUGAUGGAGGGGCUUGGUGGUAACAGCAGCGAAGAGAGCGAAGAGGAGUGA